UACGUGUCUCUUUAGUAAGCGGAACACAAAUCUCAUUUUUCUUUAUAAUUCUCAAUAAUCUCAGCCACAAUUUCAACCCACUUCAUUUUUCAUGGCUUCUCUCAAUCUCCUUCAUCACCCUUCAACUUCUAUAUCAUCUUCUUCUUCUUGUUGCUGUUUAUUUCCCAGGAGUUUUAUUCCCCGCAAAAGCAACAAUAACUUCCAUGUUUUCACUCCAAAGGGUGGGAAGCAUAUGAAACCAUCGCUUAUUGUUAAAGCUGUUGCAGGUGACCCCUUUACCGAUGGAACUAUUCCAAUUCCUUCUAAUCCGUUUGAUGCUAUCCCCUCCUUGAAGCUCAAUCUUCUGAGUGCUGUUUCUGGGCUAAAUAGAGGUCUUGCGGCAAAUGAAGAAGAUCUGCAAAAGGCAGAUGCUGCGGCUAAGGAACUCGAAGAUGCUGGAGGGUUGGUAGACCUCACAGAUAACCUUGAUAAAUUGCAAGGAAGAUGGAAACUGAUAUAUAGCAGCGCGUUCUCCUCUCGUACUCUAGGUGGUAGCCGUCCUGGACCUCCCAUAGGAAGGCUCCUUCCCAUAACUCUUGGACAGGUGUUUCAACGAAUCGACAUCUUGAGCAAAGACUUUGACAAUAUAGUGGAGCUUCAGUUCGGUGCUCCAUGGCCUCUUCCACCCCUUGAAGCAACCGCCACAUUAGCUCACAAAUUUGAACUCAUAGGAUCUUCAAAGAUCAAGAUAAUAUUUGAGAAAACCACAGUGAAGACUACUGGGAAUUUUUCACAGUUGCCGCCGCUAGAGGUACCUCAACUUCCAGAAUCAUUAAGGCCAAAAUCUAAUAGAGGAAGUGGUGAUUUUGAAGUUACAUAUCUUGACGAGAAUACCCGCGUCACGAGAGGAGAUAGAGGCGAGCUAAGGGUCUUUGUGAUUUCAUAAGUGUAUGAACUAUGCUUUUUAUGAUACUUUAGCAUUGUAACAUUGAUAUACCAAAUCCUCACUAUGGAGCUGGAAAUGGUACUUUUUGUUUAAGUGUAACAUAUUUAAUCUUAAAGGAUAUUUGUUUAUAGAUCAUUACAAAUAGAUGCUGAUAUACACUGUUGACAGAA